GUGUUCAUACGAGACCGAGCAUUUUUUGUGUUAGUAGUGACGGAGCCGACGGGUCUCCUCCGUCAAAGAGGUUCGCUCUGCGAGAAGAAGAAGAAGAAGUUGAAGAGUGUGUCAGGAUGGUGUGCACCACGCGACACGAUAGAAAAACCGUGUUCGAUUGAAAAACCGUCGUCGAGGAAAAUCGUCGUCGAGGAGAGAAAAAAGAAAAAAAUCUUCUUCCUUCCCCUUUCUCUCUUUCUUUUUUUUUUCCUUUUUUUUUGUUUUCGUUCGUUCCCUCUUUUGUCUUUUUCCUCCGGUGUGUCGUCGAUUAGAGGAGGAGGAGGAGGAGGAGGAGGAGGAGGGGAAGAAGAGGAAGAGAAGAAAGCAAGAAUUCGUUCUUCUUCUUUUUUUUUUGUGCGUACACACGGAUAGUGCACGGAUGCAACUAUGCCACGAGGAAAGAUGACAAUUUCUCUGCUCUGCGUCCUGUUGCUGAUCGGACGCGAAGCUCGCGCGGUGGUUAACAAAGCGCAGUUCAAGACGACGGCCAACAACGAGGAAGAGAAGCGGAACGAGAUCAAGGCCGACGACAGGAUAAGCAACUCGUACGGUCCACCUUCGGACGAUUACGGGCCCCCUCUCGGCUCGGGCUCGAAGGGGCCCGCGCCGGUCUACGGCCCCCCGGAGCUGGUCGGCGAUCACGGACCAACGCCUAUAUAUCCACCGCCGCCACCGGACGUUCCUCCGCCCCCUGCGUACGGGCCGCCAUUGUCCUCCUACGGACCACCGCGAAACGUCAAGCCGCCGAAACAAACUUUCGCCCCCCCUCUCCCUCCCCUGCCCACCAAGCUGGCCUUCGCCUCGCUCAAACUUCACCACCACGGUCCACCCAAGCAGCAGUACGGCCCACCCUACUCCUCUUUCCCGUCCUCCUUGAGGCCCCCGAAACCCCACUACGGCCCACCCUUCAAAUUCGCCAACUCCCUUUCCAACACCCACUACGUAUCCGUGGGGUCGAACGCGAAACCGUCUCACGGCCCCACCAUCCCUCUGUCGUUCGACACGUACGAGGUACUCCCCCAAAAAGUGGCGGUCCAGUUCGUUCCCCAGUCGGCGAACCACGACCACGGACCUCCGCCGCUCGCCGCUGCCGAUCUCUACGGACCGCCGCCUCCAGCCGUCGUCGUCCCGCCACCCGGCGUCCCGGCACCGCCGACACCCCCCGACAUCAAGUACGACGGUUGGCAACCGAUCGCGGGAUCGUCGUCGUCGUCGUCGGAUCAUCGACAGGCCGGGAACGGCGUGCAGGUGUACGGCGCGCCGACGAUCGACGAGCACAAGGCUUUGGAGGGGUUGUCGUCGGCGGGCCACGUUCAACAGUCGGCGGGCAACGGACUCGAGAAUUCGCAGAACGUGCCCAGCGACUCUUACGGCGUGCCGAUCCACAGCCCGGAGGCGCAAGACUUGAAGAGCUCGGUCAAGUCAGGGUCGAGCAGCAACAAAGGUUUGCCGCCUCCGCCGUUGCCCGAGUACGAGCCGUUCCACAACGAGAGACCGCCCCACGAGGAUCAUCGUACGAGCGGCGCGCAACAAGGCCAGCCGUCGAAUCCGCGCUACGAGCCGGCCGCGAACGCGGACCCCCUCUCCCUCGUCAAAACCGUCGGAUUCGAGCUGCUGCCCACCGUCCCGUCCCUCGCCGCCGACCCCCUCGCCGGCCCUGCCUCGUUCCCCGUUUUGAAACUCCCGCUCCUCGAUCCCGCCCUCCACCCCACCGCCCCGGACGCCCCGCGCUCCUUCCAGAAUCCGGCCAACGAUUUGUCCCAGCUGUCGGUCAACGCUUUGUCCAAUAACUACGGCCCUCCGCCACCCCUCCCCUUCGCCCCCAAGUUGAACUCCAUCGAGUCUGGAAUACCCCUGCCCCCGCCCCCCUCGCUCCUCGACUCCUACGGUUCGCCGCCGCCCUCCUCCUACUCGCCCAACGGCCCUUACCCCUCGCCCGAGCCCCCGGCCCGCCCGCCCUCCUCCUUCUCCUCCUUCGGCCUCCACUCCUCCACCCUCUACAAGCAGACCUUGCACCACCACCGACCCCCUCCCCCCAGGCACCCCCUCUCGCCCCCGGCCUCCCUCGUUCCGCCCAGGAACCGGGAACCCGUCAAGUUCAAGGAAUUUCCGCCGAUCCCAACCGGCUUGCUGACCAACCUGAACCGAUAUUUCCCGCCGCCGCCGCCGAGGCACGAACAGGCCAAAUCUCCCAACGCGGCGCACCUCCCCCCGCCCGCCCUCUCCUCCGCCGCGUUCGUCGAGCAGCAACAGCUGCCCUCCCUCCACGCCCCGCUCGCCUUCAACAAAGCCCUCCCCGACCCGCCGAUAGCCGCCCCGAACGCCCGCUACGGGACGCCGUUGUCCUUCGGCGGCUUCAACACCCCGGCCCCCGUGCUCACGUACGGCGCGCCCAACUUCGGCCCCGCGUCCUCCUUCGUCUCCACCUCCACCGGAUUCGGCAACAACUUGUACGACGGCCUCGGGAACGGCGCCACCGCCACUUACGGCACGCCGGUAGUCAACUCGCCGUUGUCCACCGGUGGCGGCCACGAUUGCGGCUUCCACCGGUACUCGGGCCUGGACGGCGACGGGGCGACCACGGCCGCGGCGUUCAACGAGGCCGCGGCCGCGGCCGCCGCCGUCUUCGCCUCCCCGCCCCUCGCCCAGCUCGCCCUUCGCGAUUACCACCAGCCCAGGGCCGAGCUGAGGGACAGCUACGGGGCGGCGAUAGGCGUGAGCUACGCGGACAACGCGCUGUCGAGCAGCCAGUCGGUCGAGCUCGCCAACUCGCUUCUCUCGCCGCCCCCCGCCCCCGAGAGCGGCGAGAAUCGGUCGAGGGAGGAGGCGAGGAACGAGGUGGACCAGUUCCUCAACACCCAGGAGGGAAGCGAGGCCCUCUCCCUGGCGGCCAAGGGCCUGGUCGUCAACGGGGGGGACGGGUUCGAGGUCCAAGGCUCCAAGGGGACGUACACGUUGCAGAUCCAGGCGGCAGACGGGGGAUUCGGGACCGAGAACUCGGACGGGAGCGUGAGGCACGACCAGGUGUUGUCCAACGGCCUCCUCCAGGAUAUCCUCGCGGCCAUCGAGCAGCCCGACCAGGGGCAAGUGCUGCGGGUGCAAGGUCGGCCGGAGGCGCAGCAAUUGCAACGCGUGUACGGCGAGGACGCGAUCGGGACCAAGGACGGGGAGGGGCGUUACGUCGAGCGGGCAGGCGAGAGGAAAGAUGCGAAGCUGCAGGGGGAGGGUCGAGGCGACGGGAGCGGGCCGAUCGAGUCGGCCAGCGAGUCCGCGAGAAAGGAGGCCGUCGCUCUUUUCUUCGACAAUCGGUACGGCGACGGGGCGAGGAAGGAGGUAAGAUCGGUGGGCGAGAACGAUCGAAACGCCGACCAAACUUCCGCGUCUUCCUAGAUCUUUCUCCCUCGGUUACGUAGGGAGUAAUUCGAGUGUAAUUUUAGUAGGUUUGUUCGUUACUAAUUUAAUUCGAUCGCGCGCUCGAUUCGACCAAGGGUAAGAGUAAUCACGAUCGACAAAGUUCGAACUUCGAGUUUCGAUCGUUCUUUAGAUACGAAAUAUUUGAUACACCGUGAAGGAAGAAGACGAGUUAGAAAAAUCUUGGACGAGAACGUUUGCCUGGUAUCUCCUUCCUUCCCUCUGUAUUUCUGUUCGCGCGGGAAAAGAAAUAGAUCUUAUCCGCCUUGGAGUUUAAUCGGAGUUUCGAUUCUACCUCUAUGACUUCGAUAAUCGCAUCACGCGGCCGAUUCCACGAAUCUUCCAACGAAUUCACGCGGCGCGUUUCGUUUUUUUCUUUCGACCGCGAAUUGUUCGAGGAACAAGAAAAAAGAAAAGA